GUAAGAUCAUCAGAUCCAGUGUAUUAUUUGUAGUGGCCAUUUCAGAACCAUACUAAGGAAUAUCGUCGGACAAGGAGUAUGGGGAAUUACCAGCGGAUCGGACUGCUGUCAAUAUGGGUUAUUUUACUUGUGUGUGUUAUUCACUAUGUGAAUGGUGAUUGCCCAGCAUCUCAAUUCAGGUGUAAAAAUGGGAAUUGUAUACAAAUGACAUGGAGAUGCGACGAGGACGAUGACUGCGGAGAUGGUUCCGACGAGGCAGAGUGCACUGCAAAAACCUGCUCAAACUCCCAGUUCCGAUGUGCUAAUGGACGCUGCAUACCUUCAAGAUGGCACUGUGAUCGUGACAAAGAUUGCCAAGACGGAUCGGAUGAAAACCCACAAGAUUGCCAGCUAAAGGAAUGUCAGUCUAAUGAGUUUACGUGUGCUGAUAAAGCCUGCAUUCCGCAGCAGUGGGUGUGUGAUGAGCAAGAGGAUUGUAAAGAUGGCAGUGAUGAAAGGGCCAAUUGUGAGCGGCAUUGUCCAGAAAAUGAGUUCAGCUGCAAGAAUCGGAACUGCAUUUCGAAAAACUGGACUUGUGACCAGGAAGAUGACUGUGGUGAUAGGUCAGAUGAAGAAAACUGCCCCAAUGUGAACUGUUCAGCUGGAGAGUUUAUGUGUAAGGAUCAGAAGCGCUGCAUCCCUGACCGCUGGAAGUGUGAUGGUGACCAUGACUGCAGUGACAAGAGUGACGAGAUGAACUGCACCAUCACAAGGAAGUCCUUGUGUUCUAACCAGGAGUUCUCGUGUAAGGACGCCUCUGGAGAGUGCAUUCACAUCGCCUGGCAUUGUGACGGGGACGUGGACUGCUCGGACGGAUCUGAUGAACCAGAUGGAUGUGAAGUAACUUGUCGGCCGGACGAUUUCUUCUGCAAAGAAAGCAAGUACUGCAUCAAAGGCAUUUACGAGUGUAAUGGCAAAGAGGAAUGUUUGGAUGGCUCAGAUGAGGAUCAUUGUAACACAACAAAAAAAUGUGCUAGUAAUGAGUUUGAUUGUAAUGGCGAGGGAAUAUUCUGUAUUCCAAAAAGUCGUGUUUGUGAUGGUGUCAACGAUUGUGGGAAUUAUGAGGAUGAAAUGCUGUUUGACCCCAAAGGAUGUAAAGAAGCUGAUCCGUGUAAAACUGCAAACUGCGCCCACACAUGUAUAAAUCUGCUGAAGACUGUCAAAUGUGAAUGUAAUCAUGGGUUUGAGCUGGGAAAAGAUGGCCGCUCCUGUGAAGAUAUCAAUGAGUGUGAGAUCCAUGGUGUCUGCUCUCAGAUUUGUACCAAUAAGAAGGGACACUAUACAUGCUCUUGUCAGGAAGGUUAUGCCCUGGAGAAUGGCAGCUUUUGUAAAGCCAUAGAGAGGCCAUCAUUAAUAUUCACAAACAGAAAAGAUGUUCGUAAAAUUCAGCUUGAUCGGCAUACCUACCUGACUCUAGUGGACAACACAUCGAGUGCCAUAGCUCUGGAUUACCACUAUGAUGCUCAUCAUGUCUAUUGGUCAGACGUGUCCUUGGAGAAAAUUCAGAGAGCGUCAAUCAAUGGGAGUGAUGUGGUGACGGUGGUUCAUGACAACAUCAGCACCCCAGAUGGUUUGGCCGUGGAUUGGAUUCACGAUCUGCUCUACUGGACAGACACUGGAAAGGACACCAUUGAAGUGAUGGAUCUGAAGACUAACAAACGGCGAGUGCUGUUUGACCAAGGCCUGGAUGAACCCAGGGCUAUUGCUGUAGAUCCUAUCAGGGGAUGGAUGUACUGGACAGACUGGGGACAGUUUCCUAAGAUUGAGAAGAGUGGAAUGAAUGGUCAGCAGAGAACGUCCAUGAUUUACUCUAAAGCAGACCUCCAGUGGCCUAAUGGCUUGGCUUUAGAUCAUGUUGGCCAGAGACUGUACUGGAAUGAUGCUAAACUGCACCUUAUAGCCAGCAUCAAGCUGGAUGGGACAGACAUGAGGAUUGUCAGGACUGACCCCUCACUCAUUCGCCAUCCAUUUGCUCUGACUGUCUUUGAGGAUAGUGUCUACUGGACAGACUGGGCAUCAGAGUCUAUCCAAGCAGUUAACAAAUUCACCGGGAAGAACAAGAUCAUUGCUCUGGAGUUACAUUCCCCCAUGGAUAUUCACAUCUACCACCGCUCCGUUCAGCCUAAGGGUAAAAAUCACUGUGGUCCCAAUAAUGGAGGCUGUGAACACCUGUGCCUGCCUGCCCCGCAAAUGUCGGCAAUGUCAGCAAACUACACCUGCGUAUGUCAAGAUGGAUAUGAAAAUGACGAGAACGACAGCCAUAAAUGCAUUCCUUCAGUUGAUAUUCCCCUCCAUAACUCAACAAUUGAUGGCUCUUCCGACAAUAUUACCACCUCUAACAACAGUUCAGUAGACAAUGUGUACCCUAUCCGUGUACCAAAGCCAGCAACAAAGAGUCCACAGACUACUGUGCCAGUGAAGAGUCCUACCAAGAAGCCCUUCCAGCCUGUGACGACCCAAGACAAGGGGUACACCAUUCAGCCUGCAGACAAUGAUACAGACACACAUGAGAACAAGGCCAUCAACAAGAGCUCGGAAGCUAAGGAAGGCAUCAACAUAGCAGUCAUCGUCAUCAUUGUUGGCAUUGUUUUGCUGCUCUGUAUACUCGGGAUUGGCUUUAUUGUGUACCGACGCUUUGUGAGUCAGAACAAGAAGACAAUGAAUUUUGAUAAUCCUGUGUACAGAAAAACAACUGAAGAACAGUUUGCAAUUGAAAAGCCUGUAUCGACAACUAACCAUUUACCAUCGACUCUCCAACCUUUAACAGCUGAAAACGAGUAUGCGUGACAGAAGUAACAAGUUGGAGUGAUAGUGUGAUGGGAUUUCAGCAUAAUGGUUGGCUGUGGGUAAGGAUGGGUGUGUAUAGCUGAGGAUGGGUGUGUAUAGCUCGGGAGUGCUGACUAACGUAUACCAGGACUCACUCUCAGUGCUAAGGAUUUCUGCAACAGAAAAGAAUGUUCUGUCAGAUUUAUAUGUCCUGGGUUGCUGAGAGACAAGGAAUGACACAAAGCAACAGUGGUUGUCAACUGGAAGCAUUUGUAAGCUACAUUUAUGCAAUGGUAAGAGUGACAUGUAGGAACAAGGUUACUCGCUGGUUGAAAGAUUACAGCUAGUGUCACACUGAACUUCCUGACGAACUGCGAUGUUGUGCGAUGACUGGUAGGAGGCAUAUGUAUGACCGAGUGAGGGAUGCAAAAGACUGUGGUUCUUCCAUUAAGAAAUCGCAGCUGGAGUGCUGAAAAAAAAGCUGCCUAGAUUGACUCCUAGGCCAGUGGAAGGAAGUGGUGUUGUGGUCUACUUUACAAAUAUUGCUAUGGUUCUUAUGGAAUAAGAGAAAGGUUACCCCCCAUACUGCCUCCAGGAGAAUGGGGUUUACCACAGGCCUUAAUGAUCACUUUGCAACUUAAACACAAAGUGCAAAAUCGAUGGACCAAGUGGCCUGUGUAAGUUACAAGGGUGCCAAGUGGAGAACGAGAACGGAGCUUAGCAGUAACUGGGCAGUGGAGUUUCUGCCUGAUUAGUUGCUGCUGACUUGCACAGCUGGACAACUAUGCUGGAUAGUUACAGUGAUCAGGGAGGCAACAACAGUAGUUUGCAUAUGUGUGUGAUCAAACAGGUGAUAAGUUCAACAAAGUUUGUAACUCAACACCUGAGUUGAACACAGCAGUUGAUUUGUCAGCAGCAAAGUUAAGGUCAGCUGGGCAAGUGCUGAGAUGGGCAGUGUGGUCAGUUAGGCAUCUGCUGAUUUGGGCACAGUUGUCAGUUAGGCAGCUGAUGAGCUGGUCACCCUGUUUGAUGAGGCAGCUACUGAGUACGGCAUACUGGUCAAUUAGGUAGCUGCUGAGUUGGGCAUGGUGGUCAAUUGGCUGCUGCCUGAUCAACAGUGUACCUAGCUCUGCAGCUGCCAAGUUGGGCACACUGUUUGAACAAUCAACUGUGUACAGUGGUCAGUGUGGCAACUCGUCAGUUAUGGAAAUUGUGUUGUAAGGCAGCUGCUGAUCUAGGCACAUCGCUGGCCUGUCCAUUUGAUUAGGUAUGUCUGAGACAUGGAUUGUAUGUACUGACAAACUAAGACGAAGAAUGAAAUCAAUGUAGUGUUUACACAUGUAUACAUGUGGGGAUAAGAGAGCAUUCCAAUACUUUGAGUUAGAUAAUAAAUAGUUGCAGCGCCAUUGAAGGAAGAAACUGAGACCCUUCCUGCAGCCAUGAAGAAAUGUGGCACAAGAUCAGUUGGUGAGUAAAGUUUCCAUGCCAUCGUGAUAUUUAGGUGUGUAUGGGUUGUAUAUUGUAUAUUUCUCCACGACUGUCUAUAUGUAGAUUUCUGCCUUGUACAUGUCUGUAUAUUUAUAUCUGUUUAUGGUUGUAUUUUUGAAGGCCUGAAAAUUUUUGCCUGUUUCAAACAUUUCUCUUCCCAGUUUGAUAUAGUCUCAUUUUGUUUUUCUGGAUCAUGAGCCUGGAAACAUUCAAUGCUUGAAAAGAGAUUAUGUUAUUUAUUGGUGUGCACGUGUCUGAGUGAGUGAGUGUGAUGGUGGGUGGGUGGCUGACUGUCUGAAAUGUCAGCUCUAUCUGGAUAUACGAGUGCUCAUUCUAUAUGGAGUAAUAUAUGAAGCAUAUUAUGUGCGUGUAAAACAUGAAUUACAUAUUACUGUAAGUCCCCACCAUUUGUUAUGAAAUUAGUUUUUGUUGUUUGAUAUUUUUUGUUUGUUUUGCACUUACACUGUCACGUGUAUGUAUUUGUGUGUAUAUAUUGGUCAUAUUAGUGUUUUCAGAUCCAAUGUUCUAUAGGUGAUACAUGUAGGAAUAUAUAGAUAUGUAUAUCAUCCCCCUCCCCAUCAAAGUGCUGCAGUGCAAUGUUUAGUUUCUCCCCCUCCCCCUCCCCCCCCCUUUCAUUUACCCAAAGUUUCUUGAUAUAUGAUUCAAAUUUUGCUUGUCCAUGUGAUUCGUUUGGAAGGGAUGGCUGUCCUUGGCAUUACAUAGCUGGACAAGACAUCGGUCUACUAUUCUUCCAAACUGAAGCACACUUAUAUACCGCUUAAAGGUGUGAUAUAUGUACAUCACUAAGUCAGUGUUGAACUUUUGUCAUCCAGUGUCUACCAAACCAAGUUCUUACAUACAUAUAGCUAAAAACCUGGGAUGUCAGGUAAGCAUUAAAAUCUGCUAAAAAUUUGACAGAACAUCUAAGCAAUGAGUGUCUAUGUCAGUCCGUGAGCCAUUUGAGGAAAACACUAUCAGAAAACACGCUACGUAGUACUAUUAUAGGGGAGAGAUGCGGUGGGGUUCAUACUUCACACAAAACUUUUAUAUCUAGUCCAGAGUAAGUUGUGACUUAACAGGAUUGAUUUAGUGUUAAAGCAAUUUGCAACCCACCUAGAUAACGACUCUGUAUUGGUUACCAUGACAGCAAUUUUACAGCGAGUACAACACCUGUAUGCCGUUGAGUUUACCUGCUGUAAUGCUGUUUGAAAGCACCCAUACAUGCUCUGAAGUUGGCUUGCUGGACCCCUACCAUCACUGCCAGUGUCAGUGGGGUUUAUUUAUCAGGCCCCAGUGAGUCCAUUUUAUAAUACCUCAUUCAGGCUGAAUUAACAUUUAGAGGGGCUAUCCAGAGUGUGAAGUUCAAAGUUCAGCCAGUGGCACAGCCAAGAAAUGCGAAAAUCGCUUCUUACAUCAUGAGAAAUGAAAGGCAUUUUGUGAAUGUUCAGACCAAAUUGAGGUAACGUAAAUUGUUGGAGAAGCUAGCCAUUUGCAACAAUAAGGUUGUGCAUGCUGCUUCUCGGAGAAGUUUCAAAUUGAACAUGUUGAACCUUGACAACAUGGACCCCAGACAUGCUCUUUAUCAAAUGUUGAAUGGGAGUAUCAUGUUAUCUUGUAGUCAGCUAAUUUAUUCUAGACAGAAUCAAGUUAUUUUAUAGUCACAAAUGACAUUAACAAGGCUUAAUGACGAAAGCAUUAAAAAGUACUAAGUUGA